AAGGAUUAAAAAAAAAAGUGGAGGGUGGAAGGGAUAAAAAAGAAGUGGAGCGUCAACUCCAAAACCACAAAUGAGCACCGGCGCCGCGCAUCCCAACCGCCCAAUUCACCUCAAUCCACUCAGUUUAUCUCCUUCUGCGGCCAUUCCCACUCACUCCACUCGGCGUACGGUGGCGUUCACGACGCCUCAGAACUACGCCGACAGCCUCUCCCACCUCCUCUCCCUCAAAAGCUUCGAACCCCUCUGGUGCCCCACUCUCACCGUCCACCCCACUCCCCUUGCCAUCAAAUCUCAUCUCCUUCCCCCAAUUCUCCAUUCCUUCUCCGCCGUCGCCUUCACUUCCCGCUCCGGCAUUACAGCCCUCCUCGACGCCGCUACUGAAAUCGGCGAACCCUUGCUACCGUCGCGCGGCGACACUUUCUUAAUCGCAGCACUAGGUAAGGACUCUGAGCUUCUUGACCAUGGAUUUCUUUCUAGAUUUUGCCCUAACACGAGUCGGAUUAGAGUUGUGGUACCUGAAAUUGCAACUCCGACUGGUUUAGUGGAGGCUCUUGGGAUUGGAAACCAACGUAGGGUUCUAUGUCCGGUUCCUCGCGUCGUGGGACUGAACGAACCUCCGGUGGUUCCGAACUUCCUCCGCGACCUUGAGACCAAGGGUUGGGUUCCGGUUCGUGUCGCUGCCUACGAAACCCGAUGGGCCGGACCCGAUUGCGCGAGGAAGCUGGUGGAGAGAGGGAAGGAUGAGAAAUUGGAUGCCAUUGUGUUUACAAGUACUGGGGAAGUGGAGGGGCUGCUUAAAAGCUUGGGGCAUUUGGGAUUGAAGUGGGAGGUGAUGAGAAAGAGAUGGCCGGAAAUGGUGGUGGCUGCGAACGGGCCGGUUACGGCGGCGGGAGCUGAGAGGCUCGGCAUUAAGGUUGACUUGGUUAGUUCUAAAUUUGAUAGCUUCAAUGGUGUGGUUGAUGCUCUUCAUUGGAGAUGGCAGAGCUUAGAACAAAACCCUCUGAUGUUAAUGCAGACAAAGGUUAAAGAGGGUCUUGUCAUGACCGACGUUGACAAACGACCUAUAUUCAAUCUAGGUGCCAAUGAUGAUAGUGCUGAAAGUGGUAGUAGGUCGAGUAGUGGAGGUAGUUCUGAAAGUAACAGUGAUGAUCAUCGUGGAGGUAAUAAUGAUGAACACGAGCAUUCUGAGCACGAGGAUGUUGAAUGUGGAAAGGUGGAGGAAGGGACAUACACACCUAGUGAUGAUAUGUUUCAUGAUGUGGUGGGCAACGUACGCAAUGAGGAUGGGUUGAACCAACUUGAUGUCCAUCUUGCGGAUUCUUAUAGAGAGCGAUCUAUGGAUGAAGAGUACCUUGAGUGUGUUGGUCACAGGAAGGGAGCCAACCCCAACGAUUCUAUUUAUUCGUACUUGCGGAGUAUUAACAGCUCACUAUCGAGGUUGGAUGGUCGUAUAUCGAGAUUAGAUAGUCGUGUAUUCAAGAUCGAGGAAAACAUGAAAAGACAAUUGUCGGCCAUCCUGUCACUGUUGCAGUUUACGUGCAAGGGUUCUACGAUGAUUGAGGAGACGACAAGGUCACCUAUCCCACAUACAGGUGACGAUGCCACGAUGUUGCUCGUCCCAUCUCGGGAUCUUGAUACCACUGAUGCGACUGCCUCUUAUACUCCCAUCCUCUCUAUAGAGCCUCAAAAUACCACCAUUACACCUACUCCCAUCCCCCUCGAGAGCCUAAUACCACAACAUCACCCACAAACGCCCAACCUAUAGAGGCCGAUGUCCCACAUACACAGUCUGACGUGCCUACUUCACCUACUGACAUCCCACAUCCAGAGGCCAUAACGUUUGACUUACUCACCAUGCCACAUACAAAGGCCGACAUGUCUGACAUCCCAGAGGUUGACACUUCUAAUAUUGUUACGAUCACGGAAGGAGUUACAUUGGAAUCUCGAAGAAUUACUCGUAAGAGGAAAGGUGUUGAUAAAUAUACACCUCCAGCUCAACUAAAGAAGAAAAAUGUGGAUUCUAGGGUACACCUUCCAUUUGAAAAGGUUAAGUAUCCUCUCCCGGGUGUGCCUACGUCACUACUCAGAGCGAUUGUUGGGUAUAACGUAGCACAUGACAUUCCACUUAAUAUCUUUACAAAAAUGAUGCGCUAGAUCACAUAUGAGAAUACCGAUAACGAGGUUUGAACCAAUUCAUUUAAGCCACAUUGAAGCAAUUUUUCAAGGAAUUGAUUGAACUGAGUUCGUGGGUUGAGUGUGAUACCAUAAAUACUUUAUUUCAUUUUAUGAAAGAAAAGUUUUAUACCCGACCUAACAUGUGCAUGUACAAGUUCACCAUCUUGCCAAUUGGAGUAACGGUAAAUUUUGAUAUAUUUUGUUGUGUAGAGUUGUUUUACUAUGAUAUAUUUCGUUACUUAACUUCUCAUUUUAUUUUAUUGAGUCACCUUAAUGCUCGUAGCGGGGUAUUUAAAUGAAUAAAGAAUAAGCCGAGAAUGGAGGUUGCCCUAAUAUGGGAGGAUGAAGACACGUACAAGGACUACGUCACCGAUAAAUUCAAGGUCAAAUGGGCAGAUGUGGAUUUCGUGUAUAUGACAAUGAACAUCAGUGAGCAUUGAAUGGUCCUUGCAAUGGACAUUAAUAAAGGUCAUAUAUUCGUAUUUGAUUCACUUCUGUCAUACACAUCAAUGACGAAGCUAGAGACUUGGCUGGAGUCAUUGACUGUCACAAUACCAUCCCUACUUCACUACUAUGACGUGGAUCAUUCAAAGUCGGACCUAUCCACAUCCCGUUGGAAAAUAACCCGACCUAUGAACGCCAACAUACAGUACGGGUUGCUUGAUUGUGGCAUCUUUGUAGUAAAAUUAGUAGAAUAUUUUGUGACUGGUGUUGAUCCUUACAUAACCACUCAGGAGAAAAUGAGUGAAUAUAGGAUGCAGUUAGCAUGUCAAUUGUGGGCGAACACUCCGUAUUUUUUAUGUAUGUAAAACAUGUAUUUUUUUAUGUAUGUAAAACAUGUAUAAAACAAUUUUAUUAAAGUUUAAUGUUCAAAAUUCAAUUAUACAUUUUAUCAAAA